AGCAAAGAAAUCCUGAUGAAGGUCAGGAAGAUGGUCCCUCCAAUGCUGGAGAAAUUCCACAAGGGUAUCCCGCGCAACAGCAGAGAUCUCCGGCUUGAUCUAACUGAGCUCAGGACAAAUGGGUAGGGUUGCAGUCAUUGGAGGGAGUGAAGAUUAUACGGGAGCACCGUACUUCUCAGCAAUGGCCAGCGCCAAACUGGGCGCAGACAUGAGCCAUGUUAUCUGCGAACCUCAAGCCGCCCAGGUCAUUAAGACCUACUCCCCGAACCUCAUGGUUCAUCCUUUGAUGCGACAAUCCUCCCACGCCGGCACCCUGGAAUCCGCCUCGUCGAUUGCGAAAAAUGUCAUCGACAUGUUGCCUCGAUUACAUGUAUUAGUGGUUGGGCCUGGUUUGGGACGGGAUAAGUUGAUGCAUGAUACUUGUGCAAAGGUUCUUGAAGCUGCUAGGAAGCAGAACGUGCCAUUCGUGCUGGAUGCGGAUGGAUUGAACCUUGCACAGACACGGCCAGAGUUGGUACAAGGGUACAAGGAGUGCAUACUAACACCAAACGUCGUGGAAUUUGGGCGAUUAUGCAAAAGUAAGGGCAUUGAUACUCAAGGACUCAAAGAAGGGAGUGCGGUAGAGAAGUUAUCGAAGGCGUUUGGGGGUGUCACCAUCAUACAAAAGGGGCCGAAUGAUUAUAUUUCUAAUGGGGACAACACCUAUGUAUGUGACAUACAAGGUGGACUGAAGAGAAGUGGUGGUCAAGGGGAUACGUUGACCGGGACUUUGGCAACGUUCCUCGCGUGGAGAAAGGCGUAUUUGGACAAACUUUGGGAACACGAGGGUGAUUUGGAUUCGGUUGAAUUGCUGGCUCUGGCAGCUUUUGGUGGAAGUGCAAUAACAAGAGAAUGCUCGAGGCUGGCUUUCGCAAAGAAGGGGAGGAGUAUGCAGGCAAGCGACCUGACUGAGGAAGUCUAUGUUGCUUUCAAGAAUCUUCUUGGGGAGUCUGCUCCUAAGCUAUAAUGAUGUACAGGAGGAAGGAUAGCAUGAAUGAACACAGAUGCUCCUGUCAAAAGCCUUUCGAACAAUU